AAGGACUGUCCUACAGCAUGCUGGGAGGCGUGGGCGGCCUUUUCCCUCACUUGCCGCCCGUCGGAGAAACUCCUACUUGAAACUACAAAUCCCACAUGGCCAUGCGCGAGGGGAGGCGGGCACUUCUUCCGGAAGUUCGUUCCAGCUGUGGGUGCCCCAACUGCAGCCACAACGGGAGCCACCUAGUCGCCGCCGCGGGACCUGGACUGCUGGGGUCCGGACAGGGGUCGCCAUGAUCCGCUUCAUCCUCAUCCAGAACCGGGCCGGCAAGACGCGCCUGGCCAAGUGGUACAUGCAGUUCGAUGAUGAUGAGAAACAGAAGCUGAUCGAGGAGGUGCACGCCGUGGUCACCGUCCGCGAUGCCAAGCACACCAACUUUGUGGAGUUCCGGAACUUUAAGAUCAUUUACCGACGCUAUGCCGGCUUGUACUUCUGCAUCUGCGUGGACGUCAGCGACAACAACCUGGCCUACCUGGAGGCCAUCCACAACUUUGUGGAGGUCUUGAACGAGUAUUUCCACAAUGUCUGCGAGCUGGACCUGGUGUUCAACUUCUACAAGGUUUACACGGUGGUGGACGAGAUGUUCCUGGCCGGAGAGAUCCGAGAGACGAGCCAGACAAAGGUGCUGAAGCAGCUGCUCAUGCUGCAGUCACUGGAGUGAGGCCAUGCCCCGCGCCCGGCUGCUGCCCACUCCCGGCCAGGCCUGCCUGGCAGCUUCCCCGGAGGAAGGACCCCGGCGGGGCCUGGGCCACCAGGGAGGACUCUGCACCUGCUGCCUCUGGGCCCAGCAUGGGCGCAGGAGGCUACCCCGAGUGUCCCGAGUAACUGUGCCAUCAUUGUGUGAUGCCGUGAGUGUGCGUGGAGCCCCCAAUAAACAUCUGGUCCUGCCUGGC